UUUCAAUAAAGAGAAAAUAUGAAUAAAUUAAUUGAGAUACCACCAGAGAAAUGGCCCCAGCUACGUGAUUUAUAUGUGGAGCAUAAAGAUAAAUCGUGCUGCUAUAAUACCCUACAGUCCUUUAUUGAAUGGAUCAAUCAAGAACCGUCCUUAGCCCUCAAGAUUUAUGCGCUCAACAGCGAAUGGCAAACCGAUGGCACAUAUGCGGCCCAUUUAAGCGCGUUUAAUCAAGUGUUCUGUAACACGCUGAAUGAAGAUUUAUCUGAUUUGAUUACGAUUUUGAACUGCUUUGAUAACGACAAUAUGAUAGCUGGCUUUCAACAUCGGGUGUUGCCAGCUGUUGAUAAACAUUUUCUAGAUUCGGGUCUGACCAAGGAACAAUUACCAGAUAACAUAACCAUCAGAGAUUUGAAUGAAAGCAACGCGGAACAGGUAAAUAGUGUCUGGCCUCAUAGAAGCGAAAAUUCAGUGGAGUUUGUCAAAAUGCUGAUACGAUUGCAUAAAAGCGUUGGCGUUUUUGAGGAUGAUAAAUUGGUGGCUUGGGUUUUGAGAUUGCCUUUGGGAGCCCUUGGUCUUUUACAAGUUGAAAGUUCUCACAAACGCAAAGGAUUUGGUUCGCUGGUCGUCAAAUUAAUGUCGAAAUACUUGGCAGAGAAAAAUAUUGAAAUAACAGCACCCGUGGUCGAUGUAAAUGUUGCUUCACGUUCCAUGUUCAAGAAAUUGGGAUUCAAAGAAAUCGACAAAGUUUAUUGGCAAUUUAAAAUUUAA